AAAACUUGGUUAAAGCUCUGGUAAUUUAGUACUCCACAGCCAUUUUACACUUGUCGUACUUUGCUGUCCGAAUUUCCAACUUCUUCAUUUAUCUGAAUAAACAUAAUGGCCGAAUCACUAGCAGCAUUCCGUGACCGCAGGUCGAAGGAUCUCCGCCAGCUUGCAGAAGAACAUCUGCAACAUGACCUCAACCAACAAGAUCGCGACAUACUUCAGAAAGCGGGCGGCAAGGUUUCGACGCACACUGGUUUCGCAUCAGCAGUCGGGCUAGGUCUAGGACUCUAUACGGCAUUCCGACUACGAGCUAUGCGCCUUGCAUACUUCAGAGCUUUCCGAGCCAUGGAGAAGCCGGUAGAAGUGCGCUUCGCAGAUGGUCGUACUGAGCCUAUCCCAGACAUCACAGCGAAAAUAUCUGGGCCUUCACGCUGGGGCGAUGCUGCGACCUACUUCCUCUUUUCCGUUGGCGGCCUCUUCCUUGGUGGUGAACUGGGUCUGUUGACGGGUACAGCCAGCGCAGCGAGAACGGUUACCAAGGACCCGGCGAGUAGGGAGAGGAUUGAGAAGGCGUUUAAGAAUUACCGAAUUGAUGUGCUACAGAGAGAGAUUGAGCAGCUGAAGGGCAAGAGUAAAUUCGAGGAGUUCUUUAGUAGUGGGCCGUCUAGUGCGUAGGUCGUCAAGCCUACGGCCUGAGCUGUAGUAUCUGGGAAGCUGCAUUUCACGUACGUGUAUAUAUAGUUUUGUUCAGGCGGCAUACUUGCCCAUCUUUAUGUCUGACAAGCCCUUAGCAGCAUACAACUGACAUAUGACUGCAGCAACCACUAACGUAAUUUUUCCCACUAUCCAAGUGAACCAAACCAUUCAGAAUCAUGGAUGUAUACCCUGUAUGCAUGCGCAUCGAUAUCGAUGCUGCUACGUUUUUGACGUGCAUGCCAUUCUUGUAGCCAUCGCAGCCUCGUCGUUCCAGACUCGCGCACAUGACGUGUCGCGCUAAAAUGGUGGCGCGGCUGUUGCAGAUCGUUGGAUGAGAGACAAGACCCGCGUGGCUCGCAACCUUAAAACAGA